AGAUUUAUCUCAGCCAAUGGCAAGUGGCUACAACCCAACCGCCGUCGAGUCAGCUUGGUAUGACUGGUGGGAUGCUCAAGGAUAUUUCAAACCCCAGACUGCUCCAGAUGGAAGUGCUAAACAGGAGGGAACAUUCGUUAUACCUGCACCUCCACCAAAUGUGACCGGUAGCUUGCACAUUGGUCACGCCCUUACAGUUGCAAUUCAGGAUACUCUGGUGCGAUGGAAUCGAAUGUUAGGUAGAACGACACUUUUUGUGCCGGGUUUCGAUCAUGCCGGUAUCUCAACGCAGUCUGUCGUGGAGAAGCGCCUAUUCAAAGCCACUGGACAGACCCGUCAUGAUCUUGGUCGUGAAAAAUUCCUUGAUACUGUAAUGGAUUGGAAAACCGAUUACCAGAGUCGUAUCACUAAUCAAUUACGUCGUCUGGGUGGAAGUUACGACUGGGAUCGCGUUGCAUUUACCAUGAGCCCGGAACUGUCAAAAGCCGUCAUCGAAAACUUUUGUAGACUACACGAAGAUGGGAUUUUAUAUCGUGCCAAUCGUUUGGUAAACUGGUGCGUUAAGAUGAACACAACACUUUCCAACCUCGAGGUCGAUCAAAAACAACUCAAUGGCCGCACAUUGCUCAACGUGCCAGGCUAUGACGCCAAGGAAAAGUUUGAAUUUGGUGUUAUAACAUCAUUCGCGUAUCCUCUUGAAGGCUCAGAUGAAAAGAUCAUUGUUGCAACAACACGCCCUGAGACCAUGCUUGGCGAUACUGCCAUUGCUGUUCAUCCCGAUGAUACAAGGUAUAUACAUCUUCACGGAAAAUUCGCACUCCACCCCUUCAUCAACCGACGUAUUCCGAUCGUAGUAGAUGCAGAGGUAGUAGAUAUGGAAUUUGGAACCGGUGCUGUGAAGAUUACACCUGCUCAUGACCCUAACGAUUAUGAAGUUGGUGUGCGUCAUAAACUGGAAUUUAUCAACAUAUUAAAUGACGAUGGAACGUUCAAUUCAAAUGCUGGCGAGCGCUUCAAAGGUAUGAAACGAUUCCACGUUCGUGUAGCAGUCGUCAAAGCCCUUAAGGACGCCGGCUUGUUUAUUGAGACAAAAGAUAAUCCAAUGCAAAUUCCCAUCUGCAGUAAAUCGGGUGACGUGAUUGAGCCUGUUCUGAAACCCCAAUGGUGGGUCAACUGCAAACCACUGGCAGAAGAGGCAAUUAAGCAUACGCGUGCUGGCGAGAUGGUGAUUACACCAAAGCAGUCAGAGGCUGAUUGGUAUCGCUGGUUAGAUAACAUACAAGAUUGGUGUAUCUCGCGUCAACUCUGGUGGGGACAUCGUUGUCCCGCAUAUUUCGUGCGCAUCGAAGGGAAGGAACAAAAUACAAGCGAUGGCAAAAACUGGGUUGUAGGACGUAAUCUCAAGGAAGCUACGGAGCGGGCCAAAAUUCUGGCGAAUGGGGAAAAGUUCACAUUGGAGCAGGACGAAGAUGUUCUCGAUACUUGGUUCUCUUCAGGCCUAUGGCCGUUUUCUAUUAUGGGUUGGCCUGAGAAGACCGCAGAUAUGGAACACUACUAUCCCUCAUCUAUGCUAGAAACAGGCUGGGACAUUCUUUUCUUCUGGGUUGCCCGCAUGGUACUCCUUGGCAUUCACCUUACUGGACAAGUACCUUUCAAAGAAGUUCUAUGUCAUGCGAUGAUUCGAGAUGCUCAUGGCCGCAAGAUGAGUAAGUCGUUGGGGAAUGUUGUAGAUCCUCUGGAUGUUAUUCAAGGUUUACCGCUGGAGUCCUUGCAUGAAAAGCUCUACGAAGGUAACUUGGAUGAAAAAGAAAUUGCUAAGGCAGUCGCUGGGCAGAAGAAAGAUUUCCCGAAAGGUAUUCCACAAUGUGGAACAGAUGGGCUACGCUUUGCGCUUUGUGCCUACUCAGGAGGAGGCCGUGAUAUCAAUCUUGAAAUUCUCCGAGUUGAAGGUUACCGCAAGUUCUGCAAUAAGAUAUUCAACGCUACCAAGUUUGCCAUGCUCAAGCUUGACAGAGACUUUGUUCCAGAGUCAGCAGCGAAACCUACAGGAAACGAAAGUCUCGUCGAGCAGUGGAUUUACCAUAAGCUCAAUGUGGCCGCAGCACAUAUAAAUGCUCAGCUAGAGGAGCGUAAUUUUAUGGCGGCAACGACUUCAGCAUACAACUUCUGGCUGUAUGAGUUGUGUGAUGUCUAUAUUGAAGCAAUGAAGCCUAUGACGGAUGAAUCUGCACCUGCUAUUGUCCGCAAGUCUGCCCAACAAACUCUCUAUACUUGCCUGGACUAUGGUCUCCGCCUUUUGCAUCCGUUCAUGCCCUUUGUAACUGAAGAGCUAUGGCAACGUCUACCUCGCCGCCCUAAUGAUUCUACACCAUCAAUCAUGGUCUCAUCUUACCCCGUAUACGACGCAUGUUAUGUCUUUGCGCAAGCAGACAAAGACUUCGAUCUUGUAUUUAGUGUACUGCGAACCGGGAGGUCUCUAGCGGCUUCCUACAAUGUGCAGUCAGAAAUACAAUUAUUUGUCCACGCACAAUCGAAUGAAGAAGAAGCUCUUUUCAAGUCACAGACACCUACGCUUGUGGCUCUGACGAAAGGUUGUAAAAGCGUUGAGGUCAUCCGAAGUUCAAAUGAUGUACCACCAGGUUGUGGGUCGGCGGUAGUGACCUCUACCGUUGCUGUUUAUAUUCUUGUGAGAGGGCUUAUCAACCUGGAAGCGGAAAUCGCGAAGUGCGAUAAGAAGAUAAACCUUUCUCGCUUGAAUUUUGAGAAAGUCAACAAGGUUAUCUCCCAGCCGGAAUAUGAGGACACAGUACCAACAACAGUCCGUGCCGCGAAUGAGGAAAAGAGGAAAACUCUGGAAGCUGAAAUCGCAACACUAGAGCUGUCUAGGCAGAUGUUUACAGAUUUGAAAUGAAGUUAGAUUACACGAUAUUCUACAUAUAUUCAGUCAAAUGGAGGUAUGCUUACUU